AUGUGGGCAGGGGAAUCUGAUAAAUACACCAAUGCAGUCUUCAAACUUACUAAUCGGCUGGCUCCAUGCGUUGUAUUUAUGGAUGAAGUCGACGCCCUUUUCGGUGAAAGAACGAGCGGUGGCGGCGGGGGAACGGAUGUCCGUCGUGCUAUGAUCACAGAGUUCAUGCAAGCAAUGGAUGGACUGAAUUCGGGAAAAGAUAAAGGUGUCGUUCGGUGCCACCAAUAG